UUCGUCUUGUGUUCUUUAAGACGUACUGAGAGAUUUCGACCAGUUUCACCAAUGUAAACCAAACCAGACCACAUUCACAAGGAAUGCGGUACACACCAGGUUUCUGAGAUUCAUUUACGUAAUCGUUUCAAAGUUUGGGCGAAUUGGAAAAUUCAUCACGGCGCAAUUUUAAUACAAGUUUCUCGGGUUUGUGUUGUGUUUACAGUAUAUAUUUAGAAGUGGUUGCUCAAACAGCAAAUUAGUUUACUUUGAAGCUAAUAUUUCGCUUUCUAAGCCACAGUAUUAUACUAAAAUUUUCUGUAUUAAUUUAUUUAAUUCAUCGGCGCGUUAAUUGGAAUCACUUCACUACAUUUUGAAAUGACGUGGUUGAUGUGCCGUUUAAUUAAAUUUCAAAUGACGCGAGCCAACAGAUCACGACACUCUCGUAUAUAAAAAGAGCGUGUGAAUUAAACAAGUCACAUAUUAUUAGCACUGAUGAAGAUCCGGGCUUACGGAUCGAAAGUUUUGCAGUAAUAAAUUUACGUGGUGUUUCCACAAACAAAAACAAUUAUAUUUUAUCGCCAUGCAAACAUUCAAAGAACUUAUUAACUUUAUUUAGUGUGACAAAUUGCCAAUGGCUCGCCAAACACAAAAAAAGCUUUUGAGCAAAGAGAGAAGUUCAGCAGGCUGCUCCAUUUACUGUUCUAGAACAUUUAGAACACUGUUCCAGAACGAUAUAAAAUGGAGUGCACACGGUGUUCUGGAACAGUGAUGAGUUUAUUAUAUAUGCGUGCAACCAUGCAUUACUAUAUUCAUUGAGUUAUUCGCAUAAUAAAGUGUAUAAUGAUUCGCUGUUAUUUGUACAUCUACGUAUGCUUUUGCAACGUUUUUACUCCUUGAUUUUGCCCAACCCUGCCUUUCAAAUAGCAUAUAAUAAGUAUAUGUCGAAAUAUAGCGGUCAACCCUUCAAAAUAACGCUCUAUACAGUGUGUAUUGGAUACACAAAAUAUGUCGCCUCCAUUUCCAAUCACGUGAAAAUAGGCAGUGUCACGUGUCUGUUCUGGCUGCCCCUACUCGAAAAUCGGGGUAGUCAGAACAGUUCAGAACAGUCAUGUGACUCUCUUCUGUUCCAUUCCAUUCGUGUUCCGAAAAUCCGGAGUACUCCGAACAGUAAAUGGAGCAGCUUGCUAGGGUGAGGCGGUAAAACCGAUGUUUUUUGAAAACCGAAUUACUCGAUGUUACUUUUGGAGAAAGACCAGAAAACCGAAAAAAAACGGGGGAACAGUGGCGUGCUGGCAGGGGGGCCGGGGAGCCACGGCCCCCCAGCUGGCAAUUCUUUGGGGCGCAAAAAUGAAAAUGGGGCGCCGAAUUUUGAAAGUGGUUGGGAAAAAACACAUUCUCGAAAGAAUAUGGUUACUUCCGCCAAGAAAAGACGUGUUUAUAGGCUACGGUAUAAAACAGGCUAAGUGCAUAGGCGAUAUAUAUUAAAUUACAGACUAUUUUGCCUAACCGUAUUUGCUACCUCACCGCUCACACGAAAUCGUUCAUAUAAAAACAUGAUCAGAUCACAGGCAAUGUCUCAUUACCGGAAUAUUGGUCAGGUUUCGAUCGAAGCGAUCACGGGAAUUAUGCCCUUUUUUGCUGGUAUUAUGCCCUUAUAAUAUGCCUUUUAUUAUGCUUCACGAAUCACGAGGGCGGCCCAAAUUAGAUAGUUGAAGUUAUGAUAACUGAUGUAAAGUUGUGUACGCAAUUUAGUUGUUUGCACAAGAAGCAUGAGUAAUGUAAGUAAUAAAAUAAUGCUGAAACAUACCCUUUGGGCAGCCAGGCAAAGAAACUUUAAAAUGCAUAUGCGUGGGGUGCGUGUGUUAUUGUAAUGUGCUCAGGACAGUAGAUCAGUAGAGAACAAAAUUGGGAUUAAAUUAAUCGCUGGAAGUAGUUAGCAUUGCAUAAUUUAAGUACUACUACUAAAUCCUAACCAAAUUGCAAAUUUCGACACGCUAUAGUGCCGUUUCCUGACCAUCAGAUUUCUGUCAAAUCUUCCCCCAAAGUCCAGGAAAUGGCAUUUCAGAGACUCUAAAUUCAAAAAUUUUCCUGGGGAGCAUGCCCACGGACCCCCCUAGACAAACCUUGCACCUGCGACACUAGGCUCGUGCCUUCGGCCCUCGUUUAUCAAGUGUAACAUUAUAAGGCCGCAUAUUGGUUGACAGCCCACUGGCCCCUCCAGAAAAAUAGUACCCAGCACGCCACUGCGGGGGGAAACCGAAAUCGAACCAUACUUAUACGGGUUUGUUGCAAAUGAAUCAACUUUGGCAUUUACACACGAAAACUAGAGAGAUUUUGUUUAAAAUUUGAUAACAUCUUCAAAAUACCUUACGUUUAAUAUCAUUCUACCAUUUCGCGCGAGCUUGAACAGGUUUAGGAUAUUCAUAUAGCGUGUUGUGUCUUUUUUAAACCGUAGUUUCGAUUUUCGAACAUGUUUAAAAAAAAACCCCGGUUCACUCGUUUUUUGGGUUUUUUUUUGGUCGGUUUUCGUUUUUUUUGUAGAAAUCGCCUCGUGGGAAGGCACUUAAGUAAAGUUACUAAUAAGUAAAAUAACAUACAAGUUCCACGCUGCAUUCCUUCACCGUGACGUCAUAAAACAUGAACGUUUCUACUGGCUUUUAACUGUCUUUUCAACUUCUGGAAAAGACACUCUACUGAUUUCGGUAAUAUUGAUAUUUUGGAAAUUGUAGCGUAUUAAAGGUCUCAAAAUUAUUUACUGCCUGGCCAGCUGGCCUUUUAUACGCUACAAUGAAAAACAUGAAAUGAUCCACAAAGCUUUGUAAAUUAUAUAUAAAAAUGUAGCCAAUGACGAGAUAAACACGAAUAUAACAGUUACAUUUACAAAUGAUAUUCAUAAACAACGGACAAAAAAACAACGGGCAAUGACCACUAGACUUCACUUAGUUACACAUGUCUAUGACGCUACGGCCUAUUAGCAAUCCGACAAAAAUUUACUACGUUUCUGGCAUUGAAACUAGAUUGUGUUUACACGGAGUGGUUUAAUUUGCCAUAGCGUGUUAUUAACUACGGACCACUACAGUUUCCACUCUGGCUGCAAAUCACUACACUACGGUAUUAAAAUUGCCGUAGCGUCAUAGUGUAAACGCGACCUUGGCUUAGUAUCAGUUUUCACAUGCGAAAUUUAUCUUUGUAUUUGCACGUUUUACUUUGCAACAUGACAGGAUUUCUUUGACUACAACGAAUAUAAUCUUUGUGGCCGAUUACCACAAUGUUUUAAAUGUUGCUGAUACUAGUGUAUUAAAAGUCGUUGUGCGAUUCUGUGAACAUGUCGAGUGAUGUUUUAAUAUAGGCUAUAUAUAGCAGAGUAGUUAAAUUAAAAACCUUUGUUUAAUGCAGACAUUAGCAUUAAUGAUAAGACUUGGCAUCACCAAAGUCUAAAUGUUUUGCUAUAAAUUUUUAUAUUUGCCAUGUCCAUGAUACUGUGGAUUUCGAUCUAGCGUUUCAGCCGUUUUAAUCAUAGAUGUAGGAGAUCUAGAUUGCUAACGCAUACCUAACGCAGGCGGGGCCUACAUGAUAAAUCCAAGAUGGCGGUACAACAGGGCAAAAAGAUUAUAGAUUCUAUUACGAAAACAGGAUUUUUGCAUUUUUUGCCGUCGCAUUGUUUCGAAACUUAUUCGGUUAAAUUUUAUAGUAAAGAGAAACUUACCGCGAAGAUUUUGAGAAUAUAUAUGAUUGAAUUGGAUGAAAAAUUGCAAAAUUAUCCAGCGAUAAAAGUUCGUAUGAAAUAGUCAGUUGGUUAGCUGGAGCGUUUUAUUGCCAGAAAUACUGUGCUAUGUUAACAUCUAGCCUUGUGAAUGGUGUUUUAUACUUGCAUCUCUCAUCAUCAUCUGCUCUGUCCUCAUAAUUAUGAAAAAUGAACUGUUAUGUACCCUCCUUGCUUGUUAGAGAAGUAAACUGAUGAGAGCACUGGAUGAGGGUCUAUCAUCUAUGGUCUGUUAUAAUUUGCUUUUUAUGCAAAUAGUGAGCAAAAAUUAAAGCAAAACUGUACAAGUUACAUAUAUUGUACUAUAUCAGUACUAUACACAAACUUUUAUCACUGAAUAAUUUUGCGAGUUUUCAUCCAAUUCAAUCAUAUAUGUGCUCAAAAUCUUCGCGGUAAGUGUCUCUUUACCAUAAAAUUUGACGGAAUAAGUUUCAAAACAACGUGACGGCAAAAACGCAAAAAUUCUGAUUUUCGUAAUAGAAUUUAUAGAAUUUUUGCCCUGUUGUACCGCCAUCUUGGAUUUAUCAUGUAGGCCCCGCCUGCGCUAGGUAUGCAUUAGCAAUCUAGAUCUCCUAUAUCUAUGGUUAGUAGUAAUAUAGAGGCCGUUCAACCCCCAUUUUUGCGGCGGUGGAGUGCGGCGGUGAAGUGCGGCGGUGGAGUGUGGUGGAGGAGUGAGGAGGAGGAGUGAGGAGGAAUGAGGGUGCGUAAUGACGUCACGCGGGCCUGUCCGGGCGAAAUUGGACAAAAUUUGCUGACUACGCAUUUUUUAGCGUCCCCCGCGUUUAUGACACAAGAGAAUAUGUUGUUGUCUAGAGUUUUAUAAGUACAGCUCUAGCAUUUUGCUGUUAGUGUCAAGUGAUUCCUUUAAUUUAGCUCCUAGAGGAGUAAAAAAUCUGAUACUAUAUGAAAUAGCAUUAGUGUUAUAUAUCUAAAACUUAUAUAUUCGGGGUAUACAGCUAUAUGUUUUGUUGUUAAGUAAUAUAUAAAUGUUAUCAAGCGUCAAAACGCUGAGAAAUAGCAUGCGGUAAGAGUUAUUGUGUAUCUACAAUUAAACUAAUAUUUAAAUCCCGGUCUGCCAUAUGAGGUCUAUAUACGAGAGAAUAUGUUGCUGUUUAGAGUUAUAUAAACAUAUGAUAUAUAAUUGUCAAGCGAUUUCUAUAUUUUAUUGCUAGUUUUUUAAAGUACUAAAACUCGGAUAAGGUUAAUAAUUUUAAGCUAUAUUAAAGCACACCGGUUGCUAUGUGUUGUUAGGGUGACACUAAUUAAAGGUUAACUUUUAUCAGAGAUUUGCAUUUUUCUACUGUGUGGAUAAAUACGGGUAGAUUAGGAUAUUCAUUGCGCGGGCGUCGCGGGUCAUCCGUGCGGGAAGAGAGAAAGCGAUCUAGACAAGACAGGUUAUCUUUGCAGCCAAAAGUUGAAAGACUUUGUGUGGAAUCCU